AAAGUGAAAUUAGUGAGUGGUGGUAGGCAGUUCUCCGCCCGUUUACUUCUCACCUGGGCGUUGUCUUCUCGAGAACGAAUAUCACUGAAUAUCACUUUCCGUUUCAGUUCGCGAUCAUGGAUGAUAAUUCUAUGAGGUUAGAAAACUAUGAAAUGCUUAAGGCCCUUUACGAUUUCAAGGCCACCUUCGCGAAAACCCUUAGUUUUCAAGAGGGCGAUUAUUUUAUUCUAUACCAAACCAAUACCAAACAGAGAAAUUGGUGGCAGGUGGUCAACAGAGACGGGCUCAUUGGAUAUAUCCCCUCUAAUUAUGUCACUACCGUGAAGGUUCCAUCUCAAACUUUGAUUCAGUUUUUAGAAGAUUGUAUAGCGAAUGUAAAAACAGAGACAAAAAAACAGACAGGAUCGUUGCAGCUGGAUAAGCAGGAUCUUCUUCUGAGGUUAAUAGAGAAGAAGAGGCAGGCAGAAUCAAAUAAAAAGACUAAGAAGCAAGCUCCAAUGCCUCCAGAUUUUGGGAAUACUACUCCAAGCAAGGAAAUAUGUUUGCCUGCUUAUAAUGCCCAAGAGGGGGAUGUCAAUCCUGCUCAGAGUAACACAUCUUAUGUGACAGCUCAAACAACAUUGCAUAGUAAUAAUGAUAAAGAAGAAGCUCCUGUUGUACCGCAAUGUCAACGUACUUCUAUAAGCGAUCAAAGACGACAGUCUUUACCACGUCAUUCCUCCUCUGAGACUCAGAAAAUUCAGGCUGAAAUUCGUAAAAGCCCUUCUCAUAGCAGUGCGUUACAGACUCCUAAUAGUUCACCAGUAAAAAAUAAAGCUUCGACUUGCGAGAUUAAUUCUCACACAGCUUAUCAACUACUGGAUCAAGUACGCAGAAAUACUCAAUUAAGCUACGAGAUGUCUAAAGUAGCGGUUACAGUAGUGGUUUCUGGACUGCAACAAUUAUUGCCCAAAAAUAUGAGCCAUUAUUUCGACGCAUUGUUGCAUCAGCUUGAAACACCGUUCACGGUGUCGCAAAUGAGUAUCGAAGAGACAUACGACGCUAACAGACUGAAAGUAAUUUUUACAGAGCUUACUUCUUGCAAGGAAGAUUCGCAACAGAGAAAUUGGAUGCUCUACGAAGACGAAUCCGUUAUCGUCGACUAUAUAAAGGAACUUACCUCCAUAUUGACAAACGCGGACGCAAAUGUAUCUAGGUAUAUUUUGCAACAGGAUCAAUACGACGGUGUUAACGUAUUGAUACAGUAUUAUCAGAUGGAACCAAGAUGGACUAUCAGACAAUUGCUACUACAGUCGUUUGGAGUAAUGUGUAGCUUGGACUCUGUGAUUUUGACCAUAAUGUUAAACAGUGUAUUACCUAUGGAACUAGCAAGAGAUAUGAGGAGUAAUCCUAGAAAUGUGACAAAAUUAAAUUAUUCUUCGUUGUUGCUUACUAUGAUUUUUUCAAUGGGUGAACCCAUGCCAGUUACGCAUUUGGAACAACUAGGCCCGGACUUCAUAGCGUUCGUUCUGGAUUUAAUAGAGAAUCCACCCGAUAUGGACUUGGAGGAUCAAAUUCCCGAUUUGUUUGUAAAUCUUAUAUUAUCGUACAAUUUACAAUUCACAAAUUCGGAGAAUAUUGUCCUGAACGCUUUAAAGGAAAAGACGAUGGCGAAGAGUUUCACCGAGAAAAUUUUGCUUCUAUUCAAUAGAGAAGAGGAUCCUGUGCGAAUAUUCGAUCACGAACCACCGCCACCGCAUUCCGUGCUGAAACUAUUCAUCGACCUAUUCAGUAACGAUAUCACAGCAGGUCUCUUUUACACUAACGACGUGAAGGUUUUAAUCGAUAUUAUAUUGCGUCAGUUAUACGACAUGUUUCCCGGUGAUAAGCGCAGACAAUAUUUGGAGUUAUGUCGAAGAGUGCUUCGCACUUCCAGUUACAACGAGCACAGAUAUCGUUCCGAAGAUUUAUUGAAAUGUUUCACAAGAAUAUUUUGCGAGGAGACUGAAGAGAGCCAAGACGACCAGCAGUCGGUACGCGAAAUUAGCAAUGAAUUUCCACAUUUAUUUAAAAUGUGACAUUUAUUUUCCCCCUCCGAUAACAAGUAUUUGGAGGAGGACGAUUUGCAAACUCUUGUAUAAACAAGACUCGGUGUGUAGGUAAAGCAGAGGGGCGACGAAGAAUCAACAAGUUACCGGUCAGAAAUCUUCAUUAUUUUUCUAACUUCUAUUUUGCAUAUAUUUUGCUCAGCUAAUAUAAUUAUCGAGAACGCACACGAUUCACAAGAAUCUUUAAACGCAUGAAAAUUGUAUUUUUCCCCGUUUUAAUCUUUCUAGUAAGUGUUACCGUUUAUUCUAGAUAAAAAGGAAAAUAUGAAGAUGCUAGAUUAGCGUUUAAAAAUUUAUUGUGUAUAUAUAUAUAUAUAUUCUCAUUUUAAGCACGAGGACCACCGUUGAAUCAUUCCAAUCUCUGUAAUAGGUGAAACGAAUUAGCUGUAAUAAAAUUAAGUAGCCUGACUGCACGGAUAAAAUCGCAGAGUAAAGUUUUGUUCUAAUAUGAUAUUUAAAAACAGAGUCGAUGAUAUAAAAGUUCUCUAUAAAAAAAAAGGGGGGGGGGGUGGAAAAUUCUUCAUUGAGAAAACGAUUUAGCCUCAGUUACGAUUACCUCUCCCCUUAAACUAUAGUCUAGUCCACGUCUGUGCGUGUCCGUAUAGUAUUCUAAGUCAUACGUUAUUUCCUAAUUUAUAAUCGACACUUUUUCGAAAGCGUUAUAUUUAGCGUAUGUAUAAUUCGAGUAACGUAAACAAUUCGUUUCGCGAGCUUUCGCAGUCGCGGCAUGGGAUUCAUGAAUUCUUGUCGCGUUGAAAUUUCAAAGUUUAUUAGUGCCGCUAUUGCAUAUAGUUAUCAAAUUUUCUAGUCUAUUGCUAGCAACUCUAUUUUUUUAAACGUAUUGUAUCACGUUACGUUUGCGACUAUUGAUAUGUCAAUUACGAAGAAGUCUCAAAUUAUUGUGAUUAUAAAUCAAAUGUUAAACGAAAUAAAAAAAGUCUAGGCAGAUAA